GUGUGUGUGUGCACGCGUGGCACGUGACAUAUCAUACUGAAUUACAGAGUAAUUGAAGGCGAUUCGAGGAGAGAAGCAAAGCGGCGGCAGUCAGCGCUAGUCAUUGUGUCAGUCGUGUUGUCCGUGGUUGCUCGUGGUUUAAGCGUCGUCUCCCCGCCGGCGGAGUGCUGCUCCGUUUUUCUUCUUCGCGCCCGCGUCGCCUGAUUGGAAUCUGUCGCGUCGAAAAUAUGUCGUUCGUCCGUUCGCUGUAUAAAUACUUGACGGAGGGCCAUGGUGGUGAAUUGGACGAGAAGACCGGCAUGAGCGAGAAACAAAAGAAAUUGGUGCAGAACACAUGGGCCAUUGUUCGCAAAGACGACGUGUCGUCCGGACUCGCCAUUAUGAACGCCUUUUUCACGCGAUACCCGGAAUACCAAGACCAAUUCAAAUCGUUUAAGGGCAUACCCUUCGAAGAACUAUCGAAAAAUAAAAAGUUUCAGGCACAUUGUGUCAGUGUUAUCGCAGGCUUGAGCAACGUUAUCGAUCAUAUCCACAAUCCAGAGCUGAUGGAGGCGAGUCUGAUCAAUCUUGCCGAGAGGCACAAGAAUCGCGGUCAAACUCGAGAGCAUUUUCAAAACUUGAGGUAUGUACUGGAGGAUCUAAUCCCGUCCGUUUUCGGGAAACAAUACACGCAGGAGGUGCAGGAGGCAUGGAAAAAGAUGUUCGACUACUUGUUCCUGAUUCUCUGCCAGGUUUAUAACGUUUAAGAUCGCGCACGGCUGUAUCGAUGCAAUUUUGGAGUCGCGAUAGGAAGUAGACACGACGCGCGCGCGCGCGCGCGCGUCACGGACUUUUCCGAGAUUUUUGAGUCUUUGGCCUCGAAAAUGCUACGUAGCUAAAUGUUUCCCGUAGCGUAAGCUUUAACUUUGUAAGCUCUAACUUUUCACGAGAGAAUAACACAUUUGUUACGUUUUCUCCAAAUUAUACCGACACUUACUUACUUACUUACUUGUAACGACGAACUACAGACGAAACUAGUUCUCAUAUAUUAUUUCUUUUUUAACAAUCUUCGUAUAUAUCGUCUCAAAGGCGUCUAACACUCGCACCUUGCUACGUGAUCGUGUCUUUUUGACUGCAGAGUGCGAAGCACCCUGUCGCUGAAUUAUGAAGAAUUAGUAAUACACCGUGGUAAAAAUACGCCGGCGUAUACAGAAAAAGGAAGAAACAUAGAGAUUCCAAGUAAUUUAUCGUCUGUCAUUUCAACAUUUUUUCGAACAGUUCAGGUAAGAAACCUGCCUUCCUCCCCUUAACCUCGCCUCUUUUCCUCUUAAUGGAGAAAUUCCUGUUUCUUUUCUUUCUACAGUCAUUUAUCUCGUUCUUUCUAGUUUCUAGUUUCUUCACGGUUUCAUUUUCACAAUUUACAUAAUUUUCUCUUCAUCUCUGUUUUGUCAAUCACUUACGUGUCAUUCCAAAGGACCAUAAAUUAUACAGUGCCUCAGCACUCAAUGUUCAGCACAAAAGUAUGAAAGAACGAAACUACAUUGAGCAACUAGAUUGAGCCAAAAGCCCUUUUUCUCACAGCAUACGUUUGUCGGCGUAUUUUCACUCGGUAAAAAUGCUCUGUUAAUUAUCAAUCAGCAUUUGUUCAGUGUCGAUUCAAAGCAGAGAUGUUCACCUUGUUCUUUCGCUAUUUCCCCCCCCCCCCUCCCCCUAAGCGAGUAAGCGGCGCUUAGGGGAGAGAGUGUGAAGUUAAUCGAGGGUGUGUGUUUGAUGUUUUGUUACUACAUUUAUUAUUUACACCCGUACUCGCGCGCGCAUCCGCUCGAACGCCCUCGCUUAACCUAGCCAAAAAUCGGUGCCAAUCGGUCAGUCGGUGAUAUUUGUGUCGUCUAUUUCGGUUCGGGUUAAUUGUUAAUUUAUAUAGUUAAUUCUAUAUUAUUCCAUAAUAUCUGCGCCGAAACAACAACGACGCUCGGGGGAGUGACACUUCGAAGAUCUUCGAGACGAAGCUAGAGAGAUGAAUAAUACCAACGCGUCCGGCCCUUUUAUCUUAUCAGGCGAGUCGAGUGACAGAAGGGACCUUUGGCCAAACAAUAAUGUCAAAUCGAUAAAAUUUAUAUCGCCACGAUUGUUUUACGUUCGGCAGAAAAAGCAUUAUUGCUGCAGGCGCUUCGCGCCUGUGCUGUCGGCGGUUCUGCAAAUCAUUCUGCAAAUGUCGUAUGAUUUUCUGCCAAGCCGAACUCCACGCGAUUUACACUUUUCCAACUUUGUGUUUCUAACCUUGUAAGCGAUCCAGCGUAUUGAAAGAAAUAUGCUGGAACAAAUGGCGACUGCUUGGCAAACAUAUUAAAUAAUCGUUGGUAGUCGUUUCAUCAACAAAAAAUCUUACAACACAGUUGCAAAGCCACUGGCGCAGCAUAGCUGCGCGAAGCGCUUAUAUCCUGCUGAAACGUAAACGAUACGACGUUUCAGGACGCCAAACGAUCUCCUUGCCGUUAUACGUUAUCGGAGGAAUCGCAGUUGCGAUUGUGCUACUGACCUGUUGCUGCACGCUGUUUGUCAGGAAUAAAUGCGCAAGACUCCUUGGCAAACUCACAGGCAGGAAAAAGCAGGAGUUAGUAUGAGACGAGAGCAUUUUCCGAGUCGAAGAGUCUUAUUCUUCUAACUUUGCGACCUCGCAAAGAAACAUCCAUUGAUCCUUUGUGCGUGAGGGUUUUUAAGGUUGGUGGGGGAUAUCGAGGUAUCACACUAUACACAGGUAUAUUGUCUUGUGAUGACAGAAAUUAUUCACCGUCGUUUCGUUUCCACGAGCGACUACAAUAGAAGCGACUAUAAAAAAAAAGUGUGUAUAUAUAUAUAUAUAUAUAUAUAUAUACAGAUAAUUGAAUGUUACAUAAUUUUUAGCAUCAAGGUACGACAAUAACCCACAACAUAGUGUCAUACAUUAUGAGAUUCUCCAUUAAUUCUUCAAAUAUCGACUGUGUGCGAUCCGUGACUUGUUUAUGUUUAUUUUAUUAAUUUUUCUCGUCUUUUUCAUAUGCGUGAGGCUGAACUGAACUGUGCAACAAACACGUUGAUUAUCGCGUUGAUUUCAUUUGAUUGCACAAAAUCUUAACUGACAACUGACUUAUUGAAGAUACAGUAAAAUAAAUGUAAUCGCAGACACUUGCACAUUU